CUAAGAAACGGAUCUCGUGCUUGCAUGCAUGUAUCCAGCACCUUAUGCCUCCUGGGUGAAUGGUGAUAAGGGGGAAAUUGGGCUUUUCUUGCACCGUGAUAGGAUAGCACAAUUAGGGAUGCAUCACAUGGUCAUACUUAUAUGAGAGGGGAGGCAGUGGGCAUGCUUUGUGCCACAUCCUUGACUUUGAUUGUUUCUUUUCCAUCGCUCGCCUUCUCGAUCUUGGAUACCAGCGAUACUGGCUGUUUGUUUGCAGCAAGAUGCACGAGUAAAGGAGGAGAGGAAGAAGAGUCGCUGGUGCCGAGACAAAGAGCUGUGCGCGUCGGUGUGAUGUGAAGGAGGCGCGUCUGGAGGAGGGAUCCAAUACUAGGAGAACCAGCAGCAGCAAGAUAAGCGCUGUCCGCUCAGCACCAACACCAGCACCGCGGUCACCUUGCCGCCAAAGUCCAGGAGGACAUGGUAUAGUUGAACGCAAGCUCGGCUCUAUUGUUUGUUUGUUCUCGCUGGAUUUGGCGGAGAUGUGACGCCCAUUGUGCGAUGCCAUUGGCCGCGUUCAUUUUGGAUUUCGCCUCCAGCCCGACAGGCACGUCAGCAGCGUCCAGCUCAACGAAGCGCGUUGAGCACUCGUGAUUUUUGGCUUCUUGCCGGGCGAGGAGACGACAGGUGGCUCGGCGCGUCGCUCACCUUGGCCACCAUGACGAGGGGAACUUCGGAGAGCGAUGUUUAAGGGGCGCGAUGGGCCUGAGCGACGACAAGGAUCGCAUCGUGAUCAACGUGGGAGGGAUCAGGCACCAGACGUACCGCAGCACCCUUCGCACCCUACCCGGUACCCGCCUGUCGUGGCUGGCCGAGCCAGACGCUCCCAACCACUUUGACUAUGACGCCAAGAUCGAGGAGUUCUUUUUCGACCGCCACCCGGGCGUCUUCGCGCACAUCCUCAACUACUAUAGGACAGGUAAGCUGCACUGCCCCGCCGAUGUGUGCGGACCGCUCUACGAGGAAGAGUUGGCCUUCUGGGGCAUCGACGAGACGGACGUGGAGCCCUGCUGCUGGAUGACCUAUCGCCAGCACCGGGAGGCGGAGGAGGCCCUUGAUAGUUUCGGCGGGGGGGGACUCUUGGACCUUGGCAACGACGAUGGCGAGCCCGAGCAGGAGCACGGCGAGGACGACGUGGACGAGAUGACGCGGAGGCUGGCGCACGGAGACUCUCCUGACGCCCGGAGCGGCACUUUGUGGAGCCGCUGGCAGAAGCGCGUUUGGGCACUUUUCGAAGACCCGUACUCCUCCAAAUAUGCAAGGUGGGUGGCUCUGGCCUCGCUGUUCUUUAUCCUGGUUUCCAUCACCACGUUCUGUCUGGAGACUCACGAGACCUUCAACCCCAUUGUCAACCGCACCGAGGUCGAACUGGUGGACAACGUCACGGUGGUGCACACUUACCAGGAACCCGAGACGGCGGCCUACCUCACGUACAUCGAAGGCGUUUGUGUGGUGUGGUUCACUUUUGAAUUCCUAAUGCGAAUAACUUUCUGUCCAAACAAAUUUGACUUCAUCCGCAACGCCCUGAACAUCAUCGACUUUGUGGCCAUCCUGCCCUUCUACCUGGAGGUGGGCCUCAGCGGGCUCUCGUCAAAGGCAGCUAAGGACGUGCUGGGUUUCCUCCGAGUGGUCCGCUUUGUUAGGAUCCUGCGUAUCUUCAAACUCACCCGCCAUUUUGUGGGUCUGAGGGUGCUGGGCCACACUCUGAGAGCCAGCACCAAUGAGUUUCUUCUCCUCAUCAUCUUCUUAGCCCUGGGUGUCCUGAUCUUUGCCACCAUGAUCUACUACGCGGAACGCAUCGGCGCAAACCCCAACGACCCCCGAGCCAGCGAGCACACGCAGUUCAAGAACAUCCCGAUUGGAUUCUGGUGGGCCGUGGUGACCAUGACGACCCUCGGCUACGGCGACAUGUACCCUCAGACCACCUCCGGUAUGCUGGUAGGAGCCUUGUGUGCCCUGGCGGGUGUGCUGACCAUCGCCAUGCCGGUCCCUGUGAUUGUCAACAACUUUGGAAUGUAUUACUCCUUGGCUAUGGCGAAACAGAAACUACCAAAGAAAAAAAAUAGGCAUAUCCCACGGGCGCCACAACCUGGUUCUCCGAACUUCUGUAAAUCAAGCAUCAGCUCGCAACAUCAGAGCCCUGUCGCCCACGACGAUGUUUUUGAGAUAAAGUUUCAAGAUUCCAAGCUGAACGGUGAGGCUGCUAAUGCCGCACUUGCCAACGAGGACUGCCCUCACAUCGACCAGGCCAUAUCUCCAGAGGAAAUCUUCAGCCCCAGCGAAAGAGAGCGGCCCUGCUUCCUGGUCACUACGGCCGAGCGGCCCAACCACACAGGGGGCAGAGUAAGGAGGGAGACCCAGAGACAGCACCGGAGCAGACAACCAACUGAGUCAGUUUGUGUUAUGAACCAUGGUGUACCGACCACUAUGUGUAUGACCCAUAAUGGCCCAUCACCUACCUGAUAGUGCUGUAGCAUUGUUGUGUGUAUUACUUAGUACUUUUAAAUGGGUGUGACAGUGGCAACCAGAACACCACAAACUCAGCAUAGAUGUAGCACUGAGGACGUUUUGUUGUCAAGCCUUAUGUAGCUAAGUAUCUGUGACUGGUUACUGUGUUGUAAUCUGUGUGCCUAUUUUCCGUUUGUGCCAGUUCUGUAAAUACGCUUUCUUUGUGUGUGCUGACGUUGUGUGUACCAAUGUUUUGGAGUGAACAUCAACUAUUGUGUGAUUCCUGUGUUGAAAGUCAAAAGUGGUCGCUCGGAUUUUAAAUCAUCUUUUCACUGUCACUUCACUCUGAAACACGCCGUAAAAUUUGCACACUCAUGCUCACCUCUUUUCAGACUUUUGCACUUUUUUGCACAACUUUAAUUAUUCCUGUGAUUGUUUUUUUGGGGGGUGGUGGUGGUGGUGGUGGAAAAUCUCCACUCAUACUUGAACUCCAUCUCUACCUUGAAUUUCAAGGGCAUUAUUGAUCUACAUUUGCUGUUGAAAAUAGUCUUAAGACUCCCUGUUUAGGCUUAAAUUGCAUUAAACAUACGCCAAAUUGAUAUGUAUUUUAAUGAAGGAAAUAUACAGUAUAUUCCAGUGUUUAUUCCCCAGUUGAUAAUCAAGUAGAAAUGUAUUAAAGUGUAAUAUUUUCAAGGUUCAAAUUACAGUAGUAAUGCCUUUACUACCAAAUGCCAAAACACUAUAUACUGGACAAGUGCCUCUUUCGUGCAAAUUCUUAAAAACGCAAUUGUUUAACAUGAUGCAAUUUAAUUUCAACCAAUCCGCCAGUCAAUAUUGACUGAUGGACUAACAUCAACGCAAUGGCAGUGCACAAGUAGACGGAUACAGUUGAUAUAUAAAGUUAACACCUUCUGAAAAAAAUACAAAUUUUGAAAAUAAAUGCAAUUUAUUGGAAAACUAUGCUGUCUUUUUGAUAAAAAUGAAAUUAAAGUAAAAGACAAGACCUUAAAUGACCUUCAUGUGAAUGAUGGUUGUUCUAAAUAUGCAAAUCACAAAUUUCUUAGAACUGUGAAAAAAUUGUGUUUAAACACAAAAAAAUGCACCACUUGCAAGCGCAGCCAUUGUGACAAAUGUGACAUCAGUCAUGCCACCCACCUGCAGCGCACAAAUGCUGGUAUACUCAAAACAGGUAAACACUAGCUUGCAAAAUAGGCACUCGUUAAAGUUUCUGCACCUGUGCGACGUCUUGGUCUUUCUCCUUUCUCUGUCUGAGACUCAGACGUAACCUACUUGUUCUAUUAAAGUCUGUAUUGGCCAUUGACGGUGUAUAGCACAGUGUGUGUGACGAAUAGGUGGGACAAUCUGAGAUACACACAUUUGAUUGGCUAAAAUUUUGAUGGCAUUUUAAAAAUGUCUGACAACGGCUAUUUUGCCCAGUUCCAAAUAUUAGCUAUUAUUUACAUUUUUCGCCACUUUUACACAUCGGGAAAAUGAAAUUCUGCCUUUUCAAUUAAACAAGAUUGUUUUUGCUGGGAUACACUUCAUCAAGGUCUUGUCUUCAUCUUUAAUGAAAGUCCAAAAACAGUUCAGUUAAGUGUCCAGUUUGCAGCAUAAUUGUGCACUAACUUAAAAUAGUAAGGCAGGUUCAAGUUAAAACGAAUACGUGCGUAAUGGGAGGCUGGUCCAGCUUUGAUUUAACUACCAAUCACAAUUACUGUACAAAAGAAAAAAAAAAGUACACCUUUGAUGAAAGACAUGAAAAAGUAAGGAUACGUUUUUUUCUUUUUUUAAAUUGGCAUUUACCAUGUGUGUGAUAACUUUUUAUAUGCACAGGGACCCAGUGUGGAUCAGCAGUGAAAAGCAAAAAGUAUCAUAACGAGUACAACAACUACAAUAGAUAUGUUUAAAAAGAGCUAUAGUGGUUUGUGGGGAAAAAAUUGGAAGUAAAAGGGACCAACGUUUUAACAAACAACUACAGUUACACUGCCAAUCAACUACUGGGAACUCUGUGUUGGUCAUUGUGUGGCACAUACAAAAUUCCUUCAGGAGCGUUAUCACUGAAACACACAGAAAAUCCAAGUUAUUGAAUGUGUGAUGUUGAGUGAGAUUUAAAGACUGUGUGAGUGUUUGUGUUUUGAACACCGUGCAUUUUGUGGCUAGUUCUCUUAGUCGGGUGUUCAGUGGUAGUUUUGAUUGGUUUGUUGGUUCCGGGUUUUUGCUGUCUUUUCAGAACAUUACAGUUCAGACUUGUACAAGAAAUAGUGUUAAAUAAAAUCUUAAAAAAAAAAAAAAAAAAUCAAAUGACAUUUUCAAGGGGUUUCGUUUAUUCAUUGUUUUCAAAAUCUUGAUUAAAAGAAGAUAACAUGUUAACGCCUAUUCGUGUACAGGGUGGGGAAAAAGCACAUCCACACUUUGUUUGUAUACAUAUAUCUCAAAUAAAAUCAGCAAUAAAUACAAUUAACUUAAAACCUAAUCCAACAUGGGUCUUCCCAUUGCCCUUGACCUGCACUUGGUCCCAAGGUACUGCACUGCAGAUCUCUGCAUUGCUUAUAAAUAUGCAAGCUGGGUCAAAUGCAGCGGGCAAACUUCCCCGUGAGGAAUAAAUCAUGUGUAGCGCAUUAAAGUAGCAAUAAGACCAACAUUUCUGAAUCUGGGUGUUACCACAAAACAAAUUAAAAGUACUAAGUCCAAAUGCCACUCAUGCUCACGAUGAGGACAAUAAAAACACUUAGAAUGAAAGGAUGAAGCUGUACAUUCAGGCCUAUCUCUCAAAUCAUCCUCAAUGACUUCUUUGAUUCAAGGUGGGCAAACAUGGACAAAGAGUCAGGCAGGUGUAGAAAUGGUCACGUCAAAGAAAGAUACAGUGGGGCAAAUAAGUAUUUAGUCAACCACCAAUUGUGCAAGUUCUCCUACUUGAAAAGAUUAGAGAGGCCUGUAAUUGUCAACAUGGGUAAAACUAGCCAUGAGAGACAGAAUGUGGGAAAAAAAAACAGAAAAUCACAUUGUUUGAUUUUUAAAGAAUUUAUUUCCAAAUUAGAGUGGAAAAUAAGUAUUUGGUCACCUACAAACAAUAUUUCUGGCUGUCAAAGAGCUCUAACUCCUUCUAACGAGGUCUAACGAGGCUCCACUCGUUACCUGUAUUAAUGGCACCUGUUUUAACUCAUUAUCGGUAUAAAAGACACCUGUCCAAAACCUCAGUAAGUCACACUCCAAACUCCACUAUGGCCAAGACCAAAGAGCUGUCGAAGGACACCAGAGACAAAAUCAUAGAUGUCACCAGGCUGGGAAGACUGAAUCUGCAAUAGGUAAAACGCUUGGUGUAAAGAAAUCAACUGUGGGAGCAAUUAUUAGAAAAUGGAAGACAUACAAGACCACUGAUAAUCUCCCUCGAUUUCGAUCGAUCAAAAUCUCACCCCGUGGCGUCAAAAUGAUAAUAAGAACGGUGAGCAAUAAUCCCAGAACCACAUGGGGCGACCUAGUGAAUGACCUACAGAGAGCUGGGACCACAGUAACAAAGGCUACUAUCAGUAACACAAUGUGCCGCCAGGGACUCAAAUCCUGCACUGCCAGACGUGUCCCCCUGCUGAAGCCAGUACACGUCCAGGCCCGUCUGCGGUUCGCUAGAGAGCAUUUGGAUGAUCCAGAAGAGGACAGGGAGAAUGUGUUAUGGUCAGAUGAAACCAAAAUAGAACUUUUUGGUAGAAACAAAGGUUCUCGUGUUUGGAGGAGAAAGAAUACUGAAUUGCAUCCGAAGAACACCAUACCCACUGUGAAGCAUUGGGGUGGAAACAUCAUGCUUUGGGGCUGUUUUUCUGCAAAGGGACGAGGACGACUGAUCUGUGUAAAGAAAAGAAUGAAUGGGGCCAUGUAUCGGGAGAUUUUGAGUGAAAAUCUCCUUCCAUCAGCAAGGGCAUUGAAGAUGAGACGUGGCCGGGUCUUUCAACAUGACAAUGAUCCCAAACACACAGCCAGGGCAACAAAGGAGUGGCUUCGUAAGAAGCAUUUCAAGGUCCUGGAGUGGCCUAGCCAGUCUCCAGGUCUCAACCCCAUAGAAAAUCAGUGGAGGGAGUUGAAAGUCCGUGUUGCCCAACGACAGCCCCAAAACAUCACUGCUCUAGAGGAGAUCUGCAUGGAGGAAUGGGCCAAAAUACCAGCAACAGUGUGUGAAAAGCUUGUGAAGAGUUACAGAAAACGUUUGGCCUCCGGUAUUGCCAACAAAGGGUACAUAACAAAGUACUGAGAUGAACUUUUGGUAUUGACCAAAUACUCAUUUUCCACCAUGAUUUGCAAAUAAAUUGUUUAAAAAUAUAACAAUGUGUUUUUUUCCCACAUUCUGUCCCAUGGUUGAGGUUUACCCAUUUUGACAAUUACAGGCCUGUAAUAUUUUCAAGUGGUUGACUAAAUACUUAUUUGCCCCACUGUAUCACCUGUGAUUAUUGACAUCAAAUUAACGGCCUGGCUAGAGAAAUGAUGACCACUGAAAUAUAAAUCGUUUACCCACACAGAGAUAUUUAUGACCCACACGUGCUUUCCCCUCUUGUGUACAAAAAAGGAAGGUCUGAUGAAAGUCGCAUUCCUCUUGUGUACAAAAAAGGAAGGUCUGAUGAAAGUCGCUGUAUAAUGCUCCACUACGGGAGAGUAAUAGGCCUAAGAUAAUCAUUCAAUUCAUUCACAAAAGAAGUCUAUAUUCGGACUUUAGGUGAAAUGAUUCAUAUUCUCCACACACACCGCCACAGAGUGUCCGGCCCCGCAGCCAAUGACAAGAGGUGUGAGGCCGGGAAGGAGCCGUGGCUCAAAGACGUCGGCAAGCGAGCCGUCUCCGCACAUUCCAUGUUCGUUCCAGCCCCAGGAAAGGAGACGCUCCCCUGAGAAGGAGAGGGAUCGGGGGUCAGUGUGGCAACAUGUGAGCUAAUAAUAGCAGCCCGGGGGUUGGUGAGGCAGAGUUGCAUAGAAGAAAAAUCAGAAAACAAACAUACACACACGCUGACACCCAGUCGGUGGGUAAUAAAGCCUCCCUUCUCAUCACAGCUGGACAGCUUGUCAGUGGGUGUGGUCAGGGCCGCAUCGCCGGGUAGACACGUGCCAUGGCAACACAGUUACCUAAUAGGCGCCAUUACCAUGGCAACAGAAGCGAGCUUGCUUUCUCAAGGGUAACACAUCCGCCAGCUCCCCCAAUCUUGCUGUCGUGUGUCUUUCAUGCUUUGUCUCUUCAAACGGGAGAGGAGCAUCGGCGGGGCGGAUUUGGAUGCGCGUACCCAAACAUAUGCCAGCGAGCAGACCAAGAUGUCAUACCAGCAAGCUUAUGUCCGUGUGACACUCUGCCAGCAAGGACUAUGAAAAUAAAUGCCUGGCAGGCAUAAGAUAAGGCAUUUACUUAUAAAGAAAAACGUUUAUGUUCAGAGUGAAAUUUCAGUUUCGAAGCACUUCCUUCAAUAGUAUUCAGAUUCCUAUUUGUGUGCUAUCUGUGCUUUAUUCAUGAACUCACUGACAGGAGCAUACCGCACAUCAGUGUUUCCAUGGCAACAAAGUGCUGCACUUUCUGCACAACAAAAAAGGAUUGAAAUCAAGACGCUCAAACCAAAAGCAAUAUCCUUGUCAAUGCAUCCAGUUUUUAAGGGCUUUAUGCUCGGCUGUGUGAAUGUCAAAUAACUAACACCAUGAAUGACCAUGAAUGUUUUUUUAAUGAACCCAAAAUUUUUUUGUUUGAUUUCAAAAAGACCACAGUUGGACCUUCUCUUACUUCUGACCAUGAAUCCCAUACAGUGGUUUGAAAAAGUAUCUGAACUUUUGGAAUUUCUCACAUUUCUGCAUAAAAUCAUUAUCAUAUGUGAUCUCUUCUUUGUCAAAAUCACAAAGAUUAAAAAAAAAAAACCUGUGUCUGCUUUAACUAAAACCACCCAAACAUUUAUAGGUUUUCAUGUUUUAAUGAGGAUAGGAUGCAAACAAUGACAAAAGGGGAAAUAAUAAGUAAGUGAACAAUCACAUUUAAGAUUUUUUUCCCCCUGGGAUUUCUGGCAUGAAUCACUGUCUAUAGGCCAUAUCACAGCAUCUCAAUGGGGUUCAAGUCUGGACUUUGACUCGGCCACUCCAGACCGUGUAUUUUGUUCUUCUGAAACCAUUCGGAAGUUGAUUUACUUCUGUGUUUUGGAUCAUUGUCUUGUUGCAGCAUCCAUCCUCUUUUUAGCUUCAACUGUCUGACAGACGGCCACAGGUUUUUCCUGCAAAACAUCCUGAUAAACUUUUGAAUUCAUUCUUCCAUUAAUGAUUUCAAGUUGUCGAAUCCCUGAGGUAGCUUAACAGCCCCAAAUCAUGAUGCUCCCUCCACCAUGCUUCACAGUGGGGAGGAGGUGUUGAUGUUGGUGAGCUGUUCCAUUUACCUUCCACACAUGACAUUCUGUGUUACCCCCAAACAAUUCAACUUUGGUUUCAUCAGUCCACAAAAUAUUUUGCCUAAACUUCUGUGAAGUGUCCAAGUGCCUUUUUGCGAACAUUAAACAAGCGACCUCUUUUUUUUUUUUUUUUUUUAGACAGCAGUGGCUCCCUCCGUGAAUUCGUCCCAUGAACACCAUUCUUGGCCAUAGUUUUACAUAUAGUUUAUGGGUGCACAGAGAUAUUGGACCGUGCCAGUGAUUUCUGUAAGUCUUUAGCCAACAUUCUAGGGUUCUUUUUUACCUCUCUGAGUAUUCUGCGCUGAACUCUUGGCGUCUUUGGUGGGCGGCCACUGAGAUGGUUUUGUAUCCUUUCCCAGCUUUAUACAAAUCAACAAUCCUUGAUCGCAGGUCUUCAGAUAGCUCUUUUGACCGAGCCAUGAUGCACAUCAGACAAUGCUUCUAAUCAAGACAAUUCUUAACAGUUGUGUGUUUUAUAGUGGGCAGGGCAGCUUUAAACCACUCCCCUGUGAUUGGGCACGCACCUGACUUAAAUUGUUUGGUAAAAAUUGGUUUCAAUUGCUCUUUAAGUCUCCUUAGGCAUAGGGUUCGCUUAUUUUUCCCUCUUCUGUAAUUGUUUGCAUGCUAUCCUCAUUAAAAUACGAAAACCUAUAAAUAUUUGGGUGGUUUUAGUUAAAGAAGACACUUUUUACAUCUGUGUGAUUUUGACAAAGAUUAGAUCACAUUUGAUGGUGUUUUUAUGCAGAAAUGUGAGUAAUUCCAAAAGGUUCAGAUACUUUCUCAUACCACUGUAAGUGAGGAGCACUUCCUCAGGUGUUAAUGGAGGCACAGCCCGCAACAAAUAUUAUAAGCGGCAUGCAGCUCUUGCUUAGUUUCCGCCUGACCUACUUGAGCACCAGAAAUAGCAGCACUCAGGUCUCAACUUCCAAUCCUGUUUUGCUAUUUCAUUGCUCCUGGUGCCGCCACGCUCAAGACGGAUAGACGAAACGAGAGCCCGGCAGAGAAGGGGAGUAGCGUGAGGUUAACUUCAGCGCUCCCUUUGCCUGUUCUGCACUCUCAGGAUCUAGAGCAGGGGCUGUCAGAGGGUGGCCAACACCAAGCAUUUACAUUAUUGUGAGGCUUUCCACCUCUUAUCUUAACUACUGGCUGCCAUUGACUGUGUUGGACAAACUAGAGCUGCUUUAAAAAUGAAGUGUUUUUUCAAUAUUUAUCUCAUAGUUAAUUUGACUUAUUACCACUUACAGCAACUGAAUUCAAGAAAACUGAAGAACAACCUGAUGGAUGUUCAUACCCCUUAAAUGUUAUUUAUAAGGGCAGGAAUUUAACGUGUUAAUUAUGAUAAAUUAAUUAAAAAAACAAACAAAACACAUCUUUAAUCAAACUUUGCAUUUCAAGCAACAUGGGACCUUGUUCACGGUUUGCACAGUCCUUGGUAUACCGAUUAUGCUGCCGGAUUUCGAAACAUGGGGGCAAAUUUCUUUAAAGAAAAAAAAAUCUAGUGACUCGAAUGUAUAUUACACUCCAGUUGAGGUCAACUGUAGCACUAAACACACAUAGUAAAUAUUCACUGAGCAUUAAUUAAGAAAAUAUGUUUCAUUUUUCAAAUGCCCCCAUUGACGUAUUGCUAUUAUGUAAUGGAAUACGCCUUUCAAGUGCUAGCGAAAAUCAGCAUUGAUGCACCUUAUUUAACUCUCUCAAGAAUAAAUGUUAACACAUACAAAUGCCAUAUUUAUUGCUAUG